AUGAGCGGCGGGGAAGUGGUGUGCGCCGGCUGGCUGCGCAAGUCGCCCCCGGAGAAGAAGUUGAGACGAUACGCAUGGAAGAAACGGUGGUUCAUCCUGCGCAGCGGUCGGAUGAGCGGUGACCCGGACGUCCUGGAGUACUACAAGAAUGACCACUCCAAGAAGCCUCUGCGUGUGAUCAACCUCAACUUCUGCGAGCAGGUGGAUGCAGGGCUGACCUUCAACAAGAAGGAGCUGCAGGACAGCUACGUCUUCGACAUCAAGACCAGCGACAGGACUUUCUACCUGGUGGCCGAGACGGAGGAGGACAUGAACAAGUGGGUUCGCAGUAUCUGCCAGAUCUGUGGCUUCAACCAGUCUGAGGAGAACGCAGACACUCUGAGGAACAUUCCCUUGGUGAGCCAUGGUCCGCGCUCCUCCCCAGCCGAGCUAAACAGCUCCAACCACCAUCUGCUCAGAGAACGCAAGUCGUCAGCUCCUGCCCACUCCAGCCAACCUACCUUGUUCACUUUCGAUUCACCUGCCAACCACGUCCAGACCACCUUGUCUGCCAGCGCCCCACAGGACUAUCUCUUCCUGCACCAGUGUAUGAGCCGAAAAUCAGAAAAUACAAGGAGCGCCAGUUUCUCCCAAGCCACACGGUCCUCGUUCUUCAUGAGGAGCGACACGGCCGUUCAGAAGCUCUCCCAGGGCAACGGACACUGUGUGAACGGGGUCGGCGGGCAAGUCCACGGAUUCUACAGCUUGCCGAAGCCCAGCAGGCACAAUUCGGAGCUCAGGGACAGCGCCUACGACCUCCCGCGGAGCUUUGGCUCUUACGCUCACACCAAAGCCAGCCUCACGGGCUCUGACACGGAUAACGAGGAGGUCUAUACCUUUAAGACUCCCAACAACACCCUGUGCAAGGAGUUUGGGGAGCUCUCCACGGACUCCUAUGACAUCCCCGUCACCCCUCUCUCCGUAUACCAGAUCCCAAGGACAUUCACGCUGGACAAGAACCACAACACGCUGGCCGUGGCCUCCAGUGAUUCACCCGCUGCUCCCCCACCCCGGCCCCCUAAACCAGGGCAGAUGGAGUCACGGUGGGGCAGCCCCCAGCAGCGCCUUCUGAAUGGUGAAAGCAUAGGUAUGGUCUCUGUGGCGGCUACCAUUCCCAGGAGGAACACGUUACCAGCCGUGGAGAACAGCAGACUACAUCGAGCUUCUUCCUGUGAGACUUACGAAUACCCCCAGCAUGGUGGCAGCAGCACAGUUCAGUCAGCAGAGUCUGUGAAUGACGGGUUCAACUCAUAUCUGCAAGCCACAGUGGCUCGCUCCCACAGUGCUGACUCCGAGGACAAUUAUGUCCCAAUGAACCCAGGCUCCUCGUCCCUGCUGAACAUGGAGAAAGCGAAUGACAAUUCCCAGAAUCUCUACAUCCCCAUGAGCCCUGGUCCGCACCACUUUGACCUGCUGGGAUUGUCCUCGACGACCCUCCCAGUCCAUAAAGGAGGAGCCAUUUCCCAGUGCCACAGGCGGCUGAGCGAAAUCCAGCCCCCUCCAGUCAACCGCAACCUCAAACCUGACCGGAAAGCAAAGCCAACGCCUCUGGACCUGAGGAACAACACGGUUAUUGAUGAGCUUCCUUUCAAAUCGCCGGUCACCAAAUCUUGGUCCAGACCAACCCAGACUUUCAACUCCAGCGCCUCACAAUACUGCCGCCCAGUCUCCACCCAGAGCAUCACCAGCACUGACUCGGGAGACAGCGAGGAAAACUAUGUGGCCAUGCAAAAUCCUGUUUCUGCUUCUCCGGUUCCUAGUGGCACCAACAGCCCAGCAGCAAAAAAGAGUUCGGGGAGUGUGGAUUAUCUAGCCCUGGACUUCCAGCCAAACUCACCUGGGCCACACAGAAAGCCCUCCACAUCGUCAGUCGCCUCAGACGAGAAAGUCGAUUAUGUGCAGGUUGACAAAGAGAAGACACAAGCCCUGCAGAACACCAUGCAGGAGUGGACUGACGUCCGGCAAUCAGCAGAGCCCAUUAAGAGCAUGAAGCAGUAA